CAACAAUGGCGAAAGAUAGCAAAGAUGGUAAGAAGGAGAAGAGAGAGAAGAAAGAGAAAAAGGAGAGAAAGCGACGCGAGGCUGAAGAACUCGCCGCUGUGAAGGAGAAGAAGAUCUCUAAGAAACACAAAUCCAAAUCCAAAGAGGCAGAGAAACCCGAGAAGAAACCAAAGAAGAAAUCGAAGAAACUCGAACAAGUCGAAGAGAAACCACACAAGAAACCCAAGAAAAAACAAAAGAAACCAGACGAAUCCGAAUCCGAAUCCGAAGAAGAAGAUCCAGAGACUGUAACCGUCCCUUCCAAUGAUUCUCAUCAAAUCAAACUCCCUAUUCCUCCCACCACCACCACCACCAACGACUACGAUUCGGACAGCGAUUUCGACAAGGAAGACAUCAAACACCUCCUCGAAUCCUACACCAAGGAAGACCUCAUCAACCUCAUUUACAAAACCGCCGAAAAGGGCUCCAAACUCAUCUCCGCGGUCCUCGAAUCCGCCGACCGAGACAGCUCCAAGCGGAACAUAUUCGUGCGCGGUCUCGGAUGGGACACGACUCACGAGACGCUCAAGUCCGCUUUCGAGGCCUACGGGGAGAUCGAGGACUGUUCCGUCGUCAUGGAUAAAGACACGGGGAGAGCCAAAGGCUACGGCUUUGUCAUGUUCAAGACUCGUAAAGCUUGCAGAGAGGCGUUGAGGCACCCUGAGAAGAGGAUGUUUAAUCGAACGGUUAGCUGUAAUAUAGCCGCGGCUAAACCGGCUGGUGCUGGGAAGUUCCAAAGGGAACCGGUUGUUGAGUCGGUUAAGAUUGAUUUGAACCAGAAGGAAGUGGUCUUGCCUGGUGGGUUAGAUGUGGGUGUUGGGUAUGUGAAUGGUCCCGACAAGGGACAGCAGCACCAGCAGAAUAUGGGAAUGUAUGGUGGACAGAACGUGCCCUUUUACGGACAUGGUUAUAAUCCAAUGUAUGCUGCUGCGUUCAUGGGGAAUCAGAUGGGUUCUGGUGUACCGAAUUUUCCUAUGUUUGGGCCGGGGAUGAUGAACCAUGGCCCACCACCGAACCAUAUGGGGAUGACGGGGCAAUUUGGUGGUGAAGGUAAUGGUGUUGGUCCUGGUGGUUUUGAUGGUGAACGUGCUUGGUAUCUGAGAUAAGAUAGACUCUCUUCUCUGUUAUUUAUGUUGCCUUGUUUGAAUUAGACUUUCAGUUCUAGGUUAGGCUAAUGACUAAUCUAGUUGCUGGGAGUUUGAUAUUUUGGGAAUUGCCGGAGUUCUUUGCGUUUCUUUAUCUUCUACAUUAGUGUAUUCAAUCUUAGUUUCGUGUUCUGUCUUUUUAAGGUGUUUAUCCCCCAUAUGACUCAUUUGUUACUUGUGAGGGAGAUAUGUGUUUAAAUUCCAGUUUCUCUUGCUAUCGGGAAGUUUUAACACUCUGUUCGGCUUUGUUCGUUUUGGAAAUGACCGAUUUGAAGUUAGUCUCUUUUUUUUCUUCUCAUAAUCUAUUUAUUAUUCUUACAAAAUAUUCAGACCAGGUUUUGUGUUGUUUGCUAUCUUCUGUUUUCACUUUUGGUUCAUCUGUAUUCAUUC